CGGAUCCUUUUCACUGCUAAUAGUCCAAUGAUAUCAGGCUGAACGUCGUUCGGAUCCCUAUAAAUCUUGCAAUCAAACCGAAACCUUGUCAUUGUUAAUCCAAUGACAGUACUGUUCGGAUCCCCGUAUAUACUUAAAGCUUCCAAGUGAAGCGAUUCUGUUCGUCGCUUCUCGUUCCCCAGCCUCGCCUUCGACGGUGACCGACCCAUCUCAACACCUGAUAUAACUAUCCUUGAACCAAGGGAAGUAAAAUGGGUUUCUUUUCCAGCGUGUCCAACUUUAUCUGCAAUGUUGCGAUCAUAUGUUGGGAUGUCAUCCUCACGCUCCUCAACCUCGUGAGGCGGAAGCGCCGCGUCGGUCAUGUCACCCCAGAGGGUCACCCAGGCUAUGGAGGCCACUGGCCUGAGUUUAGGCCUCCCCAGGAGACUGACUCCCGUAGCGCAUGCCCUGGACUCAAUGCGAUGGCCAAUCAUGGCAUUAUUUCACGCACCGGCCGUGGGCUUUCAUUUGUCGAGGUUACGCACCAGAUCCCGGCAACCUACAACUUCAGUCCAACCAUGUGCUCAUGUUCGUCGCGCUUUGCUGCUACUAUGCUUAAGAGAAACUACAACAAGGAUACCUUCGAUUUGGAAGAACUUAACCAGCACAAUGGUAUUGAACACGAUGCAUCUCUCUUACGCUUUGACACCGCUUUUGAACCAGACCAAGCGAAGAAGGACGUACCUUUCAUUGAAGAGCUGCUUGCGGCAGCUACCGGCAAGGACAAGCACGGUCAUGAUAUCAUCACAACCAAAGAUUUCUCCAGAAUGCUCGGCAAGCGUCGUGCAAUCGCGCGUGCAACCAACAAGGGGUUCAAGCUCAGCCUUUUGCACAGGUUCUUUGGUAGCACGAACGCCUCAACCCUAGUGGCGAUCUUUGGUGGUCGUGUUAAUGACCUGCGCACUUUUCUUCUUGACGAGCGGCUUCCAGAGGGUUGGGAGUCGCGCGCCCGCCAAGCUCAUGGAAUAACCAUGACAGGCCUGAGUCUCGGGACUGUAUCGAAAGUCGAAUUCGGUGUGCGCGAGAAAGAUUGGGCGGGAGCAGCACGGGAGGCUGCAGAAGGUCAAGGUGCUUAAAAUGCACCCCCGCGGGCCGCGCGGCUACUCGGACACUCGUGACGCGGGGAACUUGUCUGAAAUUACGACAU